AAACAUCUUUUAAUGUCGCCACCGGUACUUCGCAUCGCUGACCCGGAACGGCCCUUCGAAGUCAUCACUGACGCAAGUGACAUCGCCAUCGGAGCAGUGCUCAUACAGGAUUUCGGCAAUGGGCUUCAACCAAUUGCAUACGAAUCUCGGAAAAUGCAAUCUGCUGAGCGCAACUACCCGGUACACGACAAGGAGAUGCUGGCGAUCGUCCAGGCGUUCAAAAUCUGGAGGUGCUACCUGACUGGAGCAGACGUGACGCCCCUCGAGCCACCUCAACGCCCAUGGCAACACGUAACGAUGGAUUUCGUUACGGGACUACCGGCCGGACCCAGCGGAAACGACACGGUUUUGGUUGUCGUUGACCGAUUGACGAAAAUGGCGCAUUUCGCACCAUGUCGUACAACCAUCACAGCCGAAGAAACAGCGCGCCUAUUCAUCUCGACCGUUGUUCGCCUACAUGGGAUACCAGCAGCAAUCAUUAGCGAUCGAGAUCCGAAGUUCACGUCAAAAUUCUGGCAGGACACGUGGGCUCGGUAUGGCACGCGUCUACAGUUCUCAUCCGCUUAUCAUCCCCAAACGGACGGCCAGACGGAAAGGACAAAUCAAACGAUGGAGCAGCUGAUUCAGACAAACUGCCCCGACCGGAAAAAAUGGGAGGACGUGUUGCCCAUGUUGGAAUUUUCCUACAACAACGCGCCCUCGGCUACGACUAAUCACUCCCCGUUUUAUCUCAAUUACAAGAUGGAUCCUACAGUACCAGUCUCCACCAACGUUGAAAGUCAA